AAGAAAUGGCUGCUGACACGGAGACAACAGCUAACUCUGCUGCUGCCUGCAACGUUUUAAUUGACAGUUGUCACGACUACUAUGGGCCUGAAGAGAAGAUGGAAUUUUCGAUGUUGUCAGUAGAAGAUUUCCCCUCGCUUCCUUCUACUCCUCUGAAGCCUCCCUCCAAAAAAGGCCGUGGUGAGUCCGCUGACGACAUUAUCACGAAACUUUCUGAGCUAAUCAACAUGAGGUCUGAUAAACUGGAGUCAAUGGUUGCGGCGAAUACUUCUCACAUUGCUGGUUUGAAAGAAAAGCUUAACUCCGUAUGUGAAGAUGUGAAUGAGGUGAAGACCAAAGUUUCCCAGGUCGAGUCUUCGCUUUUGAAGGAGAGUAAUCGAAUCGGCGUCUUGGAGUCACGCAUCACUGAAUUGGAACGGUACUCUAGACGCUGGAAUUUGAAAUUACACGGCGUGCCAGAAAACAUUGAUGAGAAAAAUGUGAGGAAAGAAGUGAUUCGCAUCUGUCAGAAAUUACUGCCAGAACACAGUGAUCGUCUUCCGGAUGUGAUUGACACAGUGCCUCGCGUUGGUGGGAAGAAAGUGAAUUCUGCCCGCGGUAUAAUAUUUCAGUUCUCCUCGCGUACACUCAGAGCAGCGGUAUGGGCGGCAGCCAAAAAUUCCGCAUUUCUACGGGAAAAUGGUCUGCGUUUCAGAGAGGAUCUCUGUAAGGCCGACAGAGAAAGCAGGUUGAAGUUGUGGCCACUAGUAGAUGAGGCACGGAAAGCAGGAAAAAUUGCCUAUUUUGUAGCUGGUCGUGCCUUCGUGGAGAAAAAGGAGAUUUUUCCAUCAGGCUGAUUGAUCCGUUUUUUUUUUUU